AUGGAAUCUAUUGUUGAAUGUUUUUAUGAAAUAAGUCAGUCCGAUUUAUUUGAUAAGAAAACAAAUGAUCAAGCUUUAGCAAUACUUAAAAAAAUCGUGAAUCCAGACUUUAUCAUUAUGCUUAUGCUUAUCAAAGGAGUCAUUGCAAAAACAAAGAUUCUUACUGAUGAGUUGCAGAAAGUUGAGUUGAACAUUUUAGAUGCUAAAAUGAUUGUAUUGUCUACAAUGCAAUCUCUUGAACGAAAUAGAAAAGAAGAAUUUGAAGUACAUUGUGAAAUUGAUGCAGCAAUUAAAAUAUGUAGCAAGUAUGAAAUCGAUGCGUUAAAAAUAUACGAAGAUCGUCAUAGACGAAGAGUAACUCCAAAACGCUAUGAUGACAAUCCUGAUACGCUAUGUUCUAGAAAUAUCUAUCAAUACUACACCCAACAACUUAAUUGCGUGUUAGACUGUCUUAUUUACGAAAUGAAUGAAAAUUUACUGGCUUCAUGGUUGAGCAUUAAACCAUUUUCUCUUCUUCAGCAGUCAACAAAAACCUUUACAAUAAAAGAUGUCGAAAAACUGUGCCUAUUAAUGCCAAAUAAUGAAGUAAAUACAGAUGCUCAUUUAUUUCAUGCAGAGUUAGAAAUUUUUAUGAACACAUUUACUAAAUCUGAUGCUCCAACAAACAAUGAAAAAUUAAAACUGUCGUGGCAAAGACAAAACAUAUUCCCAGGAGUUUUCGAAGCUUUCAAGCUAAUGGCUUCAGCACCAGUGUCCGUUGCAAGCGAUGAAAGAACAUUUAGCAAAUUAAAAAUUGUUAAAAAUAUUUUGCGUUCUACUAUGUCAGAUGCAAGAUUGGCGUCAUUAAUUUUGUUGGCGUCAGAAAAAGAUUUAGUGGACAAUAUAGAUCUUGACGUGUUGGUAAAAAAAUGGUCUAUAACAACACAAAGACGUAUUCAAAUUGAAUAA